AUGUAAGCAUAUAGUAAAUGUAAAAGAGAGAAACUUAAAGAAAAGAUUCGUAUUCUACAAUAUCCUGAGUAAUUCAAGCCAUAGGUCCAUCAUAAUUACAUAGUUUUGGAUGAAAAGUAUUUGAAUUUGGGUGGUAUUUGUGUUAUACUAAACAUCCUCAAGAUUAUGUAUUGGUGUUUGACAAUCCUGAUCAUGAAGACUAUGAGUACAAAGAAAAUAGCAUACAAUUUCAAGAUGUUUUGAGAGACUUUGAUAAAGUAAUAGGCUUCAUUAAAAUAAGUGUUUUGACGUUGAUUCAUCAUUUGAAUCUCCAGACGAUGAAUUAUUGAGGAUGGCCUUUUUGAAUGUAUUUAAUCGACUUAAACAACCUCCCUCAACAUAUAAAGAGAUAGAAAGAGGCUUUUAAUUAUCAUCAUCAAGCAAACAAAAAUUAUUUAUUGUGAAUGAGCAUGGAACUUAAGUAAGAAUCAAACCAGAUGAAACUCGUCAAAUGGGAUAAGGAGGUUUCUUGAAGUACAAUUCAACGACUAAUCAUUGGGAAAGAACAGGAGAAAAGGUCUCUGAUGUUGCCACACUUUUUAGAAUUUUAUUAUUGUACAAAUUAUCUAUGCAUGCAGGGUAAUAAAAUUGAGUAUUUCAAACUUUUAGGUUCUUCAUUAGGCAAUUUUUAAGUCUAGAUGGUACUAAGAUAUACGCAGUGUUGUUUUAAGAAUUGCGUAAUCUUAUUAUAGAGGCACAGAGGACAUAUAUGAAGAAGAGAGUAAGCAUAGCAUUUUGUGACAUUCUAUCAUUAGAACCAGUAGAUGAAGCGUAUUGAAUAUUGAAUAUUUUAGGUUUCGACCUUUGCGCUUUAAUAAAGUCAUCAGAUCUAAACUAGCAGGGCCAGAUUUGCCAUUUGAAUCUCAUCAAAGGGAAAUUAGAAAACUAUUAAAAAUAAUUGAUUAUAAUAAGUUGGCUAGAGAGUGUAAUUAAUACCCAUAUGAGAUAUCUGGAGAGAUAUAAUAAUAAAGAAGACUGACAGCGGAUGUGUUAAAUGCUUAUGUGUUUUAUUUGGAAUAGAUUGCAAUUGAAUUGAGCAAAGUGAGAAAGAAAUACAAAGAAAAUGAUUUUGCUCAAAUUCUUUCAUCUCAAGAGUUGAAAGAAUUGGUGGCUGAUUUAAAGGAGUAAAAUUUCAAAUCAAAAUCAACCAAAUAAUAUGUGAGAGAUUAAAGUAAGGGAAAUUGGAAAGAAACAAAUAGAAGAAAAAUAAAGGUAUUUUUGAAGCGAAAGAUGGCUUUGGAGAUUGAAUAGAUUUUACAUAAUGCCAAACAUUAAACGGAUAAAUUGUAUGGUAGGAAAUUAUUGAGUCUUUGGGAUAGAUUGGGUAUGGAACCUUAGGGUCCUUUUAUUGAAUAUUUUUAUCCAAGGAAAAAGUAGAAUUAUAAUAAAUUUAUUCAGUAAGAUUCAAUCUGGACUUAUCAGAUAAUCAAUGAGAAGGGCGAACGUUCAUUAUUCAAUAAGAUGGAAAGAGCAAAAUUGAAUAUAUCAAUUUUAAAGGCAUUAGUCAACUUAGAAUAUUUGAGUUCGCAGGAUUACAUUAGAGAUCAUCUGAUACCUAAUAGUUACUUUGAUUUGGAUGGGUAGAAAUACAAAGACGAACAUUAUUAACCAUUAAAAUAGGCUAAACAAUUAAAAUAGGAUUUAUUCUUUUCAAUGAAAUUAAUAUAGACAGUCAAAGCCAAGAUCUAAAAGUUUAUUCAGAAGGAUGAAAAUGAGUAGGGAGAGAAGAAGAAAAAGCCUUUAACAGAGGGUGGUUUGAAUGGAGAUAAUCUAUUAAACUUAUGGGGAUUGUUGGAUGUUCCAGUGUAACAUAUUUGUGCAUAUUAUGGAGAGAGAAUAGCCUUGUAUUUUAUGUUCUUGUAGUUUUUUGUUCAGGAAUUGCUUCCUAUAUCAUAUUUUGGAAUACUGACAUUUAUAGUAUAAAUACUGUAUGAUGUUGAAGCCUUGGCCAACAAAGUGUCUAUUAUAUUUUUUACAAUAAUGAUUGUGUUUUGGUCAUCGACUUUCUAGGCUUUGUGGAUUCGUUAAGAAAUGUAAUUUUAAACUAUGUUCGGUUUGGAAGAUAUGGAAUUGAAUUAGGUUGAGUUGAUUGGAUUUGUUGGUAAACCUAAGAGAUCGAUAGCAAAUGAUAAAUUGAAUGAUCUUCAAUAUUCAUCUAAGGAGACUUGGUUUAAAUUCUUUUUUAACAUGAUAUUGGUAGCGAUAUUUUUAGUGAUUGAGAUUGUGAUUAUAGUGGCACUAUAACUGUUAUCCUUGUAUUUAGAAGAUAAUCCAGACGUUCCGUACAUAGAAUUCAUAGAGUUAUCUGUUUUUAUUCCAGCGUUGAUUUGGGUUUUCAUAGGAAUUCUGUUAGACAACAUUUAUAGGCCUGUGGCAUUCUUUUUAACGAAAUGGGAGAAUCACAAAUAUCUAUCUUAAUUUGAGACAAGUUUUAUUAUAAAGAGUAAUAAUUACUAUUAGAAUAGAUCUUUUGUUUUCCACUGUGAAUCGUUUGGGAUAGCCAUUUAUCAUAGCAUUUUUUUACGAAUAAACAAUCGGGUGUGUAAAUGACAAUUAUUGCUAUUCCCAAUUGUAAAUUUACAUGAGAGUUGUGUUUAUAAUUGAGUUUGGUAAACAUAUUUUGUUUGGAUUUAUAUUUCCAAUAAUAAAACAGAUUUAUCAAAGGGCAAGAUAUGGACUAGUGAGCAUAGUAGAUUUUGGGGAUUCUUUGUAGAAGAAAACACGUAAAAUUCUAAGAGUUAUACUUUAUAGCGUAUUAUCAUUUCAAUAAAUCUAUUGAGGCUGAGACGUAGAAGGAAUCUUUCACAAUAGAUCAAGUUGAUGGAACAAUAUGGGAGUAUUUAGAAUUGAAUUUGCAAUUUGCUUUGUUGGCCAAUUUCGGAAGUCCUUUUCCUUUGAUCUUCAUAACUGGAUUGGCGAUGAACUAUUUAGAGUUGUUUUUGGACAAGUUCAAAUUGAUAUGGCUAACAAAAAGACCAACACCUUAAACAGCAAGAUCAAUAGGUCCGUUUGUAUACUAUAUGAAUCUGAUUUCAUAUAUUUCGAUUUUCAUCAACAGUGGAUUGCUGUCUUAUACGAAUUAGGACGUCUUCACUGAGAUCAAUAGUUUCACUUUGUUCGUGAUUUUGAUGAUCGCAUUUUUUUUGUUCAAAUUUGUCACUGAUAUCAUAUAUGGGAAUACUGAUAGUUCUGCUGAGUUGGUACGACAAAGACACCAGUCGAUAUAGAAGAAGUUGCAUGUUAGCAUAAGGGGGAAGAAUUAGAUGAGCUCGAAAUUGCCAUUUCCAAUAGCCAAGAUAUAUGGAACUCUAUUGCCUCAUUAAUUGAAGAAGCAAGAAUGA